AAUCUUCAUGCCGCAUAUCAGAUAACACACUCGCUCACUCAAAAAGGUUUCAUCAACUCUUCAUUCAACAUGGACAUGGGAAAGGUUGAAAGCAUCGAAAUGGAAAAAGUAGAUACAUCAAAUGAAGAUGAAUCUCAGGAGGCGGAGGAGGAGUCUUCAAUAUCUGAAGAUUUUGAGAGGGCGCUAUUUGGAGCAAUUGAAGUUGGUGACGUGACGACAGUUGGAGGAAUCUUACAAGAAAUUAAAAUGAAACAAAUUAAGAAGGACUUUCAGGAUGAAAUUGGAAGGUCAACAUAUGACUACGUGAUCGAAGGUGGAUUCUUGCCAAUGCUGGAGGGUUUAAUGGAUGCGAAUAUCCCGAUAGGAGAUGCUCUUUUGAGGUCGAUCGCGAUAUCGUGGCACGAAGGGAGUGUUCUUAUUUGCAACUACGCCAUGACUCUCCCUCCUGAAGAGAAGGAGUCCAUUUUGGAAUGUCGGAGCAAAAAUGAUGAUUUUCAUCCAGAAAUGUCUCCAUUGAAACUCUCCGGUAUGAAAAAUAACUUCCAAAUCGUCGAGAGUCUUCUUAAAGCCGGUGUGUCACCCUUAACCAAGCCAAAAGCUAGUCAGAAAUCAACUGCAACCCUUACUGAUGUCGUGUGUCUGCUAGACUAUUAUCGAGCCGUUUCAUCGGAAGCUUAUCUUGGCCUUGUCCAUCCUGACCCCCUUGAUAACGCGUUUAGAUUGAGUCAAGAGCUGAGAGAGCUGGGAAACGACUGGGAAGAGUUUAACGCCGAAUUCUUCGGCAUGGCGGAGAAAGUCGAACGAUUUUCAGCAACAUUAUUAAAUCAUCUCGAAUCUUCUGUUGAGCUUCAAACUCUUUUCACUCAAAGCGGGACCCCAUCAAAGAACCCGAUGUCCAAGGUCGAGACAGCUAUCAGAUAUCAGCAGAAAGACUUUGUCGCGCAUGCGUAUUCUCAGAAAGCAAUGUCUUUCGCGUUCUACCAAGUCUUUGCCUCGACAUCAAACCUUCGAAUGUUUCUCAUGACAGCGCUUCUCGUGAUCGCCUACCCUUUCAUCAGCGUGAUCUUCCUUGCGUAUCAGGGAGAUUUCUUGACUAGGCUUCUCGAAACACCGCACAUUAAACUCUGGAUGUUGUUUGGUUCUAAUGUAACGCUCCUGAUCUUCGUAUUUAUGAACUCUUAUUUGGAUCAGCAAGAUCAUUCGUAUCCAAUCUACUGCGUACAUGUUCUCAUCGCGGUGCAUUGCGUAGGUAUGGUCUGGAAGCACGUACAAGAAAUUUUCUCCCGUGGUUUCAUAAAGUUCAUCAAGUAUGAGAUGAACGUGGCCGAGGUUAUCAUCAUAACUCUGUGCUUUGCUUUCGUCGCCAGCGACUGGAUUGGACGUGUGCAAGGUGACGCACCCGGCAAGUUACACCAGUCAGUUGUCGAAUCCAAUAUGGCGUUGCAAUGCACAUCUUGGAGUUGCGCGGAAUGGAAUCACCCAGUCAUCAUAUCAAAUGCUUUGUGUGGUAUUGUAGUGGUAUUGUGCGUGUUUAGAACAUUCCAUUCAGUCGUCACAAGCUGCCACGCCAUCUUCGUCAUCUGGAAGUCUACGAUCGGAGCCAUUCGGGACCUCGUGAGAUUCUCGGCAAUACUCGGCGUACUCCUCGUAUCAGUAGCAGUGGGAAUGAACGCAAUGUCUCUUUCCGAAUUCUAUGCUCAUCCGUCGCAAUCAUGUCUAAAUGAUUUAUCUGCGGAACCUUGUAAUAUCUUGGGCAAGAGAUUCAUUUCUAUUCCCAAGUCGAUGUUGACUCUUUAUUGGGCACUCUUUGCGGUGCGAGGGCAAUCGUACGUUCGGACAUCAUCCGAUGGUGAUACGAUCUUCGUUCGUGUCUACUACGUCUUCUUCGCAGCGUACUUCAUCCUCGCUGUCGUCAUCGGUCUCAACCUCUUCAUCGCCCUUCUUACCACACAGCUCACAAAGGUUCAGAGGAACAGUGAUAUGGAAUGGAAAUUUGGCAGAGCUCAGUUGUGGCUUCGUGUCAUCGAAGCAAAGACUGAUCUUCCACCUCCAUUCAACCUUAUCCCCAAAUCAGGGACGGUACUGCGCAUGAUCAAGAGGUGCGUUGGAAAGACGCCGCGGAGCUCGGAAGAAGAUGAAGAUAGAUCUGAAGACGGCGAAAGGACGCGAAAGGACGUUAUUCGCAAAUUAUUAGAGCGUUACCAGGAUCAGAGACGCACAUCGACGCCAUCUUCUGGCAUUACCAUGGAAGAUUUCCGGAUUCUAAAAGAAGACUUCCGGUCUCUUCGGAACCACAUCUCGAAAAUCCUUCGCUUGGUCGAAAUGAGCAUCGUAUCGCUCGAAGACAUCGUUCAGGGGCUCAACCUCCGAAUCGACGAGCUCGAAGACACGGACACCCAACUGGACGGCAUCGACCGCAAUCGGGUCCAGAUCGAAAAUGACGACAUCGAUCAGCUGAUCGAGGACGUCACAAUUUUUGAGAAGUGCGUGCGUCGCGCCAUGGCCCGUCUUCAGAGUACGAGCCUGAUAACCAAGAUGGCAGAGAUGUACACACAAGGGCGAACGGUUGUCAAUGAUGAGGAAAUGAGAGGCAAGUUGGAGUCAUACCGGAAGGACUUUGAAAGCUACGAAAAGAACCUCUACGCAUGAUCUGAUGAAAUUUGCUUCUUCGUAUUUGACGGCCAAACACUGGCGUUCUGUUCCUAAACGAGUAAUCACGAUGAAAUUAUUCAAAAUAUAUAUCUAAUGAUUAAGUGUUUUUCUAACACUUUGCAUUAAUUUUGAAAUUAUAAAGCUCAUUGCUGUGUUUUCUUAUCAUACUGAAUAGGUCUUCACUGUCAUGAUUGAAAUAUGUCAUCAUUUUUAUGAUUACAUUAUGAAAACAAUGCAAAUAUUACAAAAACCAUCAAAUCAUGUAAAAAGUCAGCUCGUGCUUUGCACUUGCAAUAAUCAUUUAUCGAGAUUUAUAUCUUGUUAUUUCUUUAAAGUGCUUUAAUAUUGACCCAUUCUUCGGGUCGGAAUAUCAAUAAAUUUUAGCGUGUGUUUCGCGUUUGCUUUAAUUGUCCCAUUAUCCAGUUCAUGGUUACAAAAGUUCCUUAAAAGAUAACGAGCCACCUUAUCUGGUUUGUAAGAAUAAAGCUAAAAUGUAUUCAAAAUUUCAGUCUUUAGUUAGAACUACCCCUCAAAAGACCGCCAACAAAAAUCAGCUUCUAUAGCGGCCAAAACGGGAAAAAUGUGGAUGAACUUUUUUCCGCCCCCCUCCUUCCAGUGGCGAAUGGUGGUGGUGAUUUUACCUGAUUGCUAAGAAAGCAUGAAUGCUUGUAAGCAAGAAACCAGAGGACCGACGGCUUAGGGUAAUCUCCGAGGGACCUGGUAAUGAGGAUAAAUGCCUUACCAAACGGCACUAGCGCACCAAAAGGGAAUUGAACCCGGGUCACCGGAAUCCGAAACCCCCGCUCUACCGACUGAGCUAUCGCGCCUCCAAAAUGCAAAUACUGGAUUUUCCCCUGGAUAUGACGAAAGAAAACGUGAUUGAUGAGAAGGUAGAAAACUACCAUAACCAUGAGUAAUGGCCAUUGACAUUACACGUUAAAUACUGGCCAUAGGACGUCGGUAAUCGGCACCAACAUAUGUCGGUAAUCUAGGGCCUCCACCUCUCCCCCCAGGAAAAUGCCUAGCUAUACGGCCCUGAGAUUAUUGUUGUAAUGUCCAAUGCAACCAAUUUAGCUUUUGUUCUUGAUAUGAAAUUGUAUAUUCAAACACACUUAUUAUAGAUAAGUUAACUUCUGUAUAUUCGAUUUCCUACGAAUACCGGUCUAUAUUACAUCUUUCUUUUCAAUAUUCAUUUUUCACUUUUUGUCCCCUAUUUACCUGAAAUAUUCAGUGUUUGUGUGCAUAUAUUUUUCUUCUGGUGUUUUGUAGUUCACACAUUUCUCAAAUAUUUUUAACAUUGAAUAAAAUAUUAUACCGCCUUCAUCCUAAAUG